AUGGAUGAUGAAGUACCCCCCCCCCCCACCCCACCCCACCUCCACUAUAUAUACACAUCACCCUUCGUUACCCUUCAUUUCGCCACUUCACUUCCACCUUCAUUCAUAAGCAACUUUCACUCGUCGUUUCAGAAGAUUCAAAGGUUUGAAAUGGAAAGGAUGAACUCAAAGCUGUACAUGGAGAACUGUCUGAUAAUGCAAGAAAACGAGAAGUUGAGGAGGAAAGCACAGCUUCUAAAUCAAGAAAACCAAGCGUUGCUUUCGCAGUUGAAGCAGAGGUUAACAAUGGGGGAUCAAAAUGUCAAUAAUGCCCCUAACUCCCUCACUGAUCUGAACCUUGCCACCACUACCAAUCAUGGUUCAUCUUCUAGGAAGCCAUGAAGAUGGUGAAAUUACUGAAAUGGACAUGAAGAUCACCUUUUGACACCCCCUAUUUUGGUUUUUUGGUAUUGGUUUUAUGGAAUAGGAGUUUGAUUUUAGUAUCAGUUUGCUACAUGGUUUGUAGUUUCAGUUACAAUGUAGAUAGGGAGGGAGAUUAGGGGGGUAAUAUUGGUAUUUACUUGUAUUUCUGUAUGGCGAAG